UGGGGGUGGGGGGGUCCUGCUGUGCGCCCGUCCCUGCCCCCUGCGCAUCCAGCAUGCCGUGCACUGAGCACCCUCUGCACAAACGGCUCCCCGUGCACCCAGCAUGCCUCAAACCCAGCGUCCUCUGUGCUCCCAGUGCACCCAUCACCUCCACGCCCCGCACUGUGUACACCCAGCACAGCACCCAGCCCCCAGCCCGCGCAUUCGGCGACCCCUGCAAUGGUGCUCAGGUGUAGCCAAGCACCCUGAGCUGUGUGCCACGUGCAUCUGUGUGCCAUGCAUCCAGCCUCCUGUGCACCCCAUGCACUGUGCACACAGCGUGCCUUUCACCCGGCACUGUGAGCAUCCCCUGCACCCCUCACCCUGUGCACCCAGUGCUCCGUGCACCCAGCACCUCGUGCACCCCACUCUCCCAUCGCCCUGCGUACCCAACACUCUGUGCAUCCUAUGCACUGUGCACCCAGCACCCCAUGCACUCCUCGUUCUGUGCACUCUGUGCAUGCAGCAGCCCAUGUAUCCCAUUCUCCCAUCACCCCAUGCCCUCUGUGCACCCAGCGCUCUGUGCACCAUGAACCCAACACCCCCAUGCUCCAUGCAUCACUCACGCUGUGCACCCAGCACCCCGUGCACCAUGCAGCCUGCACCCCAUGCACCCCAUGCACCCAGCACCCCGUGCACCAUGCACCCAACACCCCAUGCGCCCUGUGCACCCUGUGCACCAUGCAGACAGCACCCCAUGCACGCCAUGCACCCAGCACCCCACACACCCUGUGCACCCUGUGCACCAUGCACCCAGCAGCUCAGGCACUCCAUGCACCCAGCUCCCCGCACCCCAGGCACCGGAUGCACCCCACGCACCCAGCUCCCUGCACCACGCUCCCUUUGCACUGACACCAGUGGUGACCUCCAUCCCUGCAGCAGCCCGCAAGACCUGCGUACCACAGCUCCGGCACCAAACACGGAGGGUCCUGGGGACCCCCUGCUCAGCCCCUCCAGGGUCUGGCACCACUGCGGGGGGCAGAGCCGACCCUCCCAUGCGGGGUCGGGCCGGAUCGAGGCUGGCACUGUGAUCCCCCCACCCUGCGACCCCCAGGUGGGGUCUCAUCGGUUCCGUCAGCUCUGAGACCCAGCAAACUCGUGCCACCGAGGGCCGCGCCGCCCUCCCUAAUGCCUCUGUGCUGUUUUUUGUGUUCUGUGUCUGUGUUGUGUCCCCAGUUAAAUGGAAGUGGUCAAGUGAAAGUGCCCAGCCACUACCUGCCCACGCAGAUGCUGGCACCGCCACCUCCCCCCGGCAUGCCCCGCUUGGCCGUCUCUCCUGACACCAAAUCAGCCACGACAACUUCGGAGGGAGGGACGACCUCACCGACGUCACCCACCUACUCUGCACCAGGCACGCCCCCUGCGAACCGUUCCUUCGUGGGAUUAGGACCAAGGGAUCCUGGGAGUAUCUAUCAGGCACAGGUGAGAUGGGGCGGGUGCUGGGGGGACCCUCCUGCCCUCGCCCUGUGUGGCAUCAGUGUGAGCGUCGCCGCCGUGGGCACCGUGCUGCGGCAGUGCUGCAGUGGGCAUUGCUGCCGUGGUGGUGUGACCGUGGGCACUGCAACAGGGGGCAUUGCAAUCCUGGGCAUCACUGCCGUGGUGCUGCAGCUGUGGGCAUUGCAACAGUGGGCAUUGCAACCAUAGUGCUGCUACAGUGGGCAUUGCAGCUGUGGGCACUGCAAUAGUUGGACAUCACUGCCGUGGCGUUGCAGCUGUGGGCAUUGCUGCCGUGGUGCUGCAACAGUGGGCAAUGCAGCCGUGGGCACUGCAGCAGUGAGCAUUGCUGCCGUGGUGCUGCAACAAUGAGCGUAGCAGCUGUGGGCAUUGCAGUAGUGAGCAUUGCUGCUGUGGUGCUGCAGCUGUAAGCACUGCAGCUGUGGCAUCACUGCCAUGAUGGUGCAAACAUGGGCAUUGCAACUGUGGUGCUGCAACUGUGGGCAUUGCAGCUGUGGACACUGCAAUAGUUGGACAUCACUGCCAUGGCGUUGCAGCUGUGGGCAUUGCUGCCGUGGUGCUGCAACAGUGGGCAAUGCAGCCGUGGGCAUUGCAGUAGUGAGCAUUGCUGCUGUGGUGCUGCAGCUGUAGGCAUAGCAGCUGUGGCAUCACUGCCAUGAUGGUGCAAACAUGGGCAUUGCAACUGUGGUACUGCAACUGUGGGCAUUGCAGCUGUGGACAUUGCAACAGUGGGCAUCACUGCCAUGGUGCUGCAACCGUGGGCAUUGCAGCUGUGGACAUUGCAACCAUGGCACUGCAACCGUGGGCAUUGCAGCUGUAGGCAUUGCGAUAGUGGACAUUACUGCUGUGGUGCUGCAACCGUGGGCAUUGCAGCUGUGGGCAUUGCAAUAGUGGGCAUCACUGCUGUGGUGCUGCAGCUGUGAACGCCGCUGCUGUAGUGCUGCAACUGUAAGCAUUGCAGCAGCGGGCAUUGCUGCUGUGAGCGUUGCAACUUGUAGCAUUGAUGCCAUGGCAUUGCAACCGUGGUGUCGCUGCCGUGGGCAUCGCCACCGUGCUCUUGCAAACGUGGCAUUGGCACCAUGGGCAUCGUGGUGUCACCACGGCACCACUGCCUCAGGCACUGCAGCUGUGGCAUUGCCACGGAGGGCAUUGCUGCUGUGGCACUGCCAGCACGUUGUUACUGCUUCGGGCAUCGCCGUGGUGGGCUGCGCUGCCAGGCUGUGGGCACUGCAGCCGUGGGGAUUUGUGCUGUGGGCGUCGCCGCCGUCCAACCGCCGCCGUGGGCAUCGCCAGCACCGUGAGCAUUGUCACCCUUGUCGCUGCAGCGUCCCCAGCGUGGGCACAGCGAUAGCAGGGGGUCUCCAGGUGACCCCCCAUGGCCACGUCCCCCAUCCCACUGCUAUGGAGCCACGGCCCCGUGGAAUCGCCGGGCACAGGGACACCCCCACACCACGUCCUGAGCAACGUGCCACCCCCAGCGGGUCCUCUGCAGUGCCUCUGGGUGUCCCCAUAGCUGGGUGUGAGAUUGGGGGGGGGGACGGGACACGUUGGGGAGCGGGGAGCGGCUGAGACCCGGCGCGCUUGGUUCAUGUGUGGAGGGGC